AUGUCGACUGCAACUUCUUCUCCCUUAAUCAAACAAACAGAGCUCUUCCAAGAUAUUCUUGGAAAUUUCUACUCAAGAAGACUACUACUUCAACCACCAACCACUGCAUCACCACCAAUUUCAGAAGCUCAAGAAGCAUCUCACUCUUAUACACAUCACAUGAGCUUUGAUGCAAAUGUUGUCAUGGUCCUAUCAAUCCUCUUAUGCGCACUAGUCUGCUCACUUGGACUGCACUCUAUCAUAAGAUGUGCGUUAAGGUACACCAAUCUAUUAACAUCCGAAGCUAGUGACGAGCUCGCGGUUCGCAUGGCAAACACAGGAGUCAAACGGAAAGCCUUGAAGAGUUUUCAAACAGUAAGUUACUCUACAGAGCUUAAGCUUCCUGGCUUAGAUACAGAGUGUGCCAUAUGUCUCUCGGAGUUUGUAUCCGGAGAAAGAGUCAAGCUUCUGCCAACGUGCCACCAUGGUUUCCAUGUCCGGUGUAUCGACAAAUGGCUUAGUUCGCACUCAUCAUGUCCCACAUGUAGGCACUGCUUGAUUCAGACUUGCCAAAAGAUAGCUGGAUGCAGUGAGACGACUUCAUCAGCUAAUCAACCACGACAGGACAGGAGUAGCUUUCAUAUAGCACCACUGCGACCGGAGAGAUUGAUACACGGUCAAGUAGGCUUAGGUGCAGUAGUUAUGUUUUAA